AUGUUGAUUGGAGGAGACUUGUAUCCGUCCGUCAUUCAAUCUAAAGCUGACGUUAUACACACCGAGGGCUUACUAUCAGCGAUGAAUACACAAUUAGGUUGGGUCAGAAUUGGCGCAUUACAGAAUAACACACAUACUCCGCUUACAUCCGUGUCAAUUAGUACAACCCCUCCGAUCAAAGAGUUGAUGCAGCGUUUUUGGACAGUAGAGGAGCCCACAGAGUCUACAAUGCCAACUACACAAGACAAGCAAUGUGAAGAUUUUUAUACAACCGACAGCGGAUGUCAAGAUGGGAAGUCGGUCGUUUUAGGGUCAUCCAGAACUUCAGCUCUUAACCAAUUGUAUAAUUUAGAACGUCGCCUUGAGAAGGAUUCGGAAUUGUAUACUGCCUACCGGGCCUUCAUGGAUGAUUAUAGAUCGUUAGGCCAUAUGAAGUUAGCGGCUGAGCCAGGCAAAUAUUUCAUACCACACCACCCAGUGGUUAAACGUUGUAAUGAAGAAAUGAAAAUUCAUGCGGUGUUCGACGCCUCAGCUACUUUUUCAUCCGGAGUCUCAUUAAAUGACUGCUUUGGUCCAGUACCAAAGCUUCAGACGGAAAUCGGUGAUGUCUUGUUGCGCAGUCGACUACACAAAUUUGUUUUUACUGCUGACAUACCUAAAAUGUAUCAUCAAAUACGUCUACAUGAACAAGAUAGAGAUUAUCAGCACAUACUAUGGCGCAAUUCGCCUAGUGACGAAGGGCAGGAAUACAAGUUGUGUACGGUCACAUACGGUGUAAGUUCGGCUCCAUUCUUAGCGAUUCGAUGCCUACAACAGCUCAACCUGGAAGAUCGACCUGAUUUUCCACUCGUCAAAGAUGUCCUGUUAGCUGACACAUAUGUGGAUGAUAUUUUUGUUGGCGCUGACACUUUGGAGGACAAUUUAGAAGCAAUCGGUGAAGAUAACAAAAUUAUGUGCGGAAAACUGGUCGUUAUGGAAAUUCCAGAAGGUAAUAAUUAA